AGCAGCUCGCGGGCGGCAGACAGAGGGAUGGUCUCGCGCUCGGCGGCGGGCAGCAGCAGGUCAUGUUGUCCGCGCGGAGGGAGACCUUCCCGCGUGUCACCUUCAGCGGAGCGGCAGCUGCGACGACUCGAGGACCCGAGGCGAGGAUGGGCGGGGAGACGUGUCCUCACAAGCUCCGAUCCACCAGUCAGCUCCGGCUUCUGCUCUACAUCCUGAUUCCCACCGUGAGCCUGCUGGCCGGGAUGCUGCUGCUGGUCCUGGCCCUCACCGGUAUGUUUGGCAGCAACCUUCUGGACUCCAGCCCCCUUCCCUCCCCAAAGCCCAUCGCCGACAGCAACCCUGGUUACCACAGCAACAGCACAAACAACCCUUACUCCUCAUCCUCCUCCUUGUUUGAGACAGAAAAUGUCACCUCAUCUUUAGGAAAUCAUAGUAACAACACCAUGUACCACAUCCCAAGCACAGCCGCCACCAUCACCACCACCACCACCACCAAUGCUCCGCCUGCCUCCUCCUCUCUGGCCACACCCACCCAACCCUAUACAAAGCUGCCUGAUUGGCUGGCCUCUGUGACAUCGCUGAGCACCGCCUGGCCGAUGAGCAGCACCACCUCAGCGCCUGACACAGGAAGCUGCCAGCUGAUCGUGGAGCCUCAGUGUCACAUGCUACCCUACAAUCAGACAUGGCUGGCCUCCUCCAUCGCUGUGGUGAAGAGCUCAGAGGUGGACAUGUUGCUAAGGUUCUUCAGCUACCUCAGCAGAUUGUCCUGCUACAGACACAUCAUGCUGUUCGGCUGCUCGCUGGCGCUGCCCGAAUGCAUCGCUGCUGACGCCACGGACGACAGGAGGAUGGUGUUGCCGUGCGCGUCGUUCUGCGAGGCGGCGAGAGAAGGCUGCGAGCCCGUCCUCCAGAUGUUCAACGCCUCCUGGCCCGACUUCCUGCGCUGCUCCCAGUUCAGCAACAUCACCAGCGCUCUGUCACCAGCAUCAUCUUCAUCAUCCACAGCAUCAUCUCCCACGGCGACCGCGGGCCUGAUGCAGCCGGCCUGUUUCACACCACGUCAGAUCAAAGGAAAACCCUCUGUGUGUGGCGGGAAGGACCACUUUCUGUGUGCGACGGGGAUUUGUGUCCCCCAGAAACUGGUGUGUAACGGUUACAACGACUGUGAUGACUGGAGCGACGAAACACACUGCGUGUGUACAGGUGGAGAGUUUCGGUGUAACACUGGUCGGUGUCUUUCACCCACUCUGGUGUGUGACGGCUACGAUGACUGUGGAGACCUGAGCGACGAACUCAACUGUGUGUGUGACCUGGCUCGGGAGCAUCGCUGUGGCGACGGUCGCUGCGUGUCCAGAGACUGGCUGUGUGAUGGAGACCACGACUGUCUGGACAAGAGUGAUGAGCUCACUGCUGUGACCUGUAAGAGCCAGGGUCUGCUGGAGUGCAGGAACGGCCAGUGUGUUCCUUCAGCGUUUCGCUGCGACGGCGAGGACGACUGCAAAGACGGCAGUGAUGAAGAGUACUGCAGCCGCGAGCAGACUCCGGUCGGGUGUGUUCCCGGUCAGCCGGGCUGCAUCUUCUCUCCCUGUCAGCCGGGGUGUGGGGGGGGCAACGCCGCCUGCGACCCCCGAAACAACAACUGCACUCAAUGUGAGCCCAUCAGCCUGGAGCUGUGCAUGAACCUGCCCUACAACCUGACCAGCUACCCCAACUACCUGGGUCACCUGUCCCAGAGAGAGGGCUCCGUGUCCUGGGAGUCCUCGUUGUUCCCCGCCCUGGUCCAGACCGGCUGCUACCAGUACCUCAUGUUCUACGCCUGCACGCUGCUGGUACCCAAGUGUGACCCGGUCAGCCUGCAGCGGGUCCCGCCCUGCAGGUCGCUGUGUCGUAAUGCGAAGGAGAAAUGUGAGUCUGUCCUCGGCAUCGUGGGUCUGCAGUGGCCUGAGGACUCGGACUGCAGUCAGUUUCCAGAGGACGGAGGGAACACCACCUGUCUGCUGCCGGAGGAUGGAGUCGACGAGUGCUCCCCUAGCCACUUCAAGUGCCGGUCAGGUCGCUGCGUCCUGGCAACCAAACGCUGCGACGGACACCUGGACUGUGAUGACCACAGCGACGAAGACAACUGUGGCUGCUCUGAGCGUGCUCUGUGGGAGUGCCCCGGCUCCAAGGUGUGCAUUAAAUCCACCAUGAUCUGCGAUGGAUUCCCAGACUGCCCCCUGCUGGUGGACGAGGCCAACUGCUCGGUGUGCAGGGACAACGAGCUGUCCUGUAACAACCACCAGUGUGUUCAUCGGACUCUGUGGUGCGAUGGGAAGAAGCAUUGCUCAGACAGCUCUGAUGAAUGGAACUGUGUGUCGCUGUCCGAUCGAUCAGGUUCUGUAUUGACAGUGUUUAAGACCGCAGCAGAGUAUCAGGUCUGUGCAGACGAGUGGAACCACGAGCUGAGCAAACUGACCUGCAACCAGCUGGGACUAGGGGUACCCUCCUCUGUUUCUAUGAUACCCGACCAGCCUGGAAUCCCAGGCCGUCGCCGUUGGCUACACGUCCAUCCAGACUGGAACCUGAGGAAUGGUUCUGCACUACAGGCCCGACUGGAGAAGAGAAGUCAUGCGUGCCAUUCCAGACGGAGAGUUUCCGUCCUGUGUACCAGAGAAGAGUGCGGUCUGCGUCUGGCUGUGGGAAUCCAAUCUCACAGGAAGAAAAGGAUCCUAGGAGGCCGGGUUUCACGGCGGGGGGCGUGGCCAUGGCAGUGCUCGCUGCAGAGUGGACAGAGCGGCCAUGUUUGCGGCUGCGUUCUCAUCGCCCAGAAGUGGGCUCUGACAGUCGCCCACUGCUUUGAAGGGAGAGAGAGUGCAGAGCUGUGGAAGGUGGUGCUGGGUCUCACCAAUCUGGACCAUCCCAGUGCUCACAGUCAGAGCCGUGGCGUGCGCUCCAUCAUCGUUCACCCGCGCUACAACCGGGCGGUGGUGGACUACGACAUCAGCGUGAUACAACUGGACUCUGAGGUUGAGGAGACAGACUUCGUCAGACCGGUGUGUCUGCCUCAGUCUGGCCAGCUGCCCUCACCAGAUUCCUACUGUUACAUUACUGGCUGGGGUCACAUGGGCAACAGAAUGCCAUUCAAGCUGCAGGAGGGAGAGGUCCGCAUCAUCUCGCUGUCUCAGUGUCAGUCGUAUUUUGACAUGAAGACCAUCACUCCCAGGAUGCUUUGUGCUGGAUAUGAAGCCGGAACGGUCGACUCUUGCAUGGGUGACAGCGGAGGCCCGCUAGUGUGUGAGGAAGAGGAAGGUGGGCGCUGGACGUUGUUCGGCUUGACGUCGUGGGGCAGCGUGUGCUUCAGCAAAGUGCUCGGACCUGGAGUUUACAGCAACGUGACUCACUUCACCCCCUGGAUCCAACAGCAGAUCUACAUUCAUACAUACCUGACUGACUGACGUACACUGUCCUACCAUUUACCACUCCCAGCAUUCAGUCAUUCCAGGAGGAAAUGAUGUCAUCGACAGUUUCAGCUCACCUUCACUUCCUCUACCUGUGCCUAAAUCUGUACGGAGAGCCUUCACUUUCUAACCGCUGUUUGAGCAACGCAACAAAUAACACAUCACAGAUGCUAACAAGCAAGCAUAUGAAACGUAACAUUAGAUUCCUGUUAAUCUGUGACUCAGCUUUGACUUUGUCGUUCAGGAACGUAGGAGGAGGCAAAGAGAAACCUGUGAGAUGUUUAACCUUCACUCAGCCUUCAUAUUAGGUUAAAUGUAGGGCCAUCUGAAGAGCAGCAUCUUUACUGUUUAACAAGAAAGUGGCAGUCAUGUUUCACAGGCUCACUUCUUUCUAAAAUCUUUCUAUAAAUACUUCUGGACCUUAUUUGACUCAGUCAGCAGUAACUCAGAGGAAAAACUUGCUUUUCGGAUAUUUAUUCACCUUGACAGCAAGAACUCUUAGUAUUACGUAACAAAUUUUUAUUUCUUCAGCUCAGAGAUUCUUAUUAGACUUUAAUCAUCAUAAAAAAAAAUAAAUAUAUUUAAACUUUUCCUGUUGAUUUCCUGGAAACUUCCCUCAUAAUUCCCUCAAGAUGAGCUGCUGUUCACUGUAACUUAAAUUUCUUUGUUUUUCACAUACUAAACACAUCAUUUCCUCUUUAUCUGCUUUAAGCCAUAUCAAGAAGGAGACACUAACGCUAGAAUACGUUUAAACCAACAUAUGCGAGUCGCUGCUGAGCAGCAGCCAUGUUUGAAGGGUGUAAGCGGACAUCUGGGGAACUUAUAAUAAAUGAAGACAAAACACCCCCAAACAUCGUUGCAGAGUUUAAAAAGCUGCUAGCUUCUAGCUGCAGUUAAACAGACCAGCUCAGCAGUCAGACUCCCACAAUGCUUCACUUAAUAGUGCCUGUACUAAACUUAGCAGUAUAAAAACAACCUUGUUACCUGUACAUUGUUGUACUAUAUGUGUGUGUGUAAGUGAGAAAGGAAUUCAUUUGCUUCUAAGAACACAUUGGCAUCUUAUUGGUGCAACUUUAUCACUUAACACCCCCCCCCCACCAGGCCACCAUGUUUAACUAGUAUUUAGCUCCUUAACAAAAAAAAAGUCCUGAAAAUAUUAACUUAACCUUUUUUAAGUGGAUUUGUUUAUUUGGUUCUUACGUUGGCUUAUUAGCCGUUGAGGACAGUGGUCCAUGAACUGUUUUGAUGGAAAUCUAACCGUAGACAGAUCAAACUGCACAUAAACACACAGAUAGGAGGCUGCUGCGAAAACAGAACAUCAAAAAACAGUCAUCUCAAGCACUUUUACAGAAUCCACUUCAUGGUAGUCUAAUUAUAAUCCAAUUAAAACAAAUCCGUCGUAUGUCCUAUUUCAAGUGUAACUUUUCUGCCUUAAAAAACCAAUGUUAAAUAAUCCUAUCCAACUUUUCUUUUCACACUGAUAGCUUUAUGACAGGAAAUGCUUUAGCCACGAUGAUCCUAUAGAGUCAGAACAUGCCGAUGUUAACGUUAGCUUCACAGCAGCUAACAGCCGUAGCCAAAUUGUAGUUCUAUCUUCAGUUAGCUAGCAAACAGUAUAAUAUGUGUGAUUACCUGCCAUCUUAACGUUAGCAUUCACAUCAGCUAACACGAUUAACUGCCAUCUUAACUUUAGCAUUCACAUCAGCUAACACGAUUAACUGCCAUCUUAACGUUAGCAUUCACAUCAGCUAACACGAUUAACUGCCUACUUAACGUUAGCAUUCACAUCAGCUAACACGAUUAACUGCCAACUUAACGUUAGCAUUCACAUCAGCUAACACGAUUAACUGCCAACUUAACGUUAGCAUUCACAUCAGCUAACACGAUUAACUGCCAACUUAACGUUAGCAUUCACAUCAGCUAACACGAUUAACUGCCAACUUAACGUUAGCAUUCACAUCAGCUAACACGAUUAACUGCCAACCUAACGUUAGCAUUCACAUUAGCUAACACGAUUAACUGCCAACUUAAUGCCAGCUGAAAUAUGAAGCACAAAUGUAGCACACUGACAUUACCUUAUGUGUUAGCACUAAGCUAGGUUAGCUUUAGCAGUGUAUGUACUUAUCCAAAGGUAGCGGUUUUUACUAGCCAGACAUUGUUGCUAAAAUUAGCUAAAACUAAAAAGCAAGUGCUGUACCUUGCUAUUGCAUAUUAAACUUAAUAGAUAAAAAUAUGAACAUCUUAAGAAUGAGAAUAUGAGGAGAAAAUGUUUCGUUGCAGUAUCACCUUUGACCACUGGGAGAAAUUAGAACAGUUAAAGCUAACUAGCAUCAUGCUAAUAUUUGGUUUGACAGAAACCGUUUUUGUUCCCCCUUUAUUUGGUCUGGCAGAUUUGGUGACUUAAAUCGGCACAAUUUAAAGAUUAUUUGCACAAAUUAAAAAUGGCUACAUCAGACAAAGACAAAGUUCCUUAUGUUUAGCCGUGCAGCAGCGUCCCCUGGUGUGUGUGGACCACACACUCAGCUCCAUCAAUUCGCUUUAUGAACACUAAAUAAAAUUUUCCUCAACACCUGUUUUAAGAUGUGCAGGUUUGGUCAGAACUAGCUUCAGCGCAGGAUGUUUUAACGUUGCCAUGGCGAUCCCAGUGGAAGAGCCGCCCUACAAGGUACCCAAUGUAGCCCGUGUGCUGAGGCCUAUUGGACAUCCAGAACAUUCCAAGUGGCUGCUGCUGCUGCUUUGUGUGUUUGGUUUUUUAAAAGUAUUUUUCUACAGCUUUUUGUAUGUCAUGCUUCUUACAGACGUGCGUGUGAGAACUAUGUGUGUGUGAGAUUUGGCUUGUUUCUUUGUUACCACGACGAUGAGGAGGAGGAGUUACUGGUCGAUUAAUGGACUUAAAUGCUUUAUGGACAGACUGCAGCCUUUUAAAUGUGUUGUGUAAACAGUAAAUAUAUUGUUUGUAUCAUCUUGUAUCACAUCAGUAAACCUAUACACACACCCUG